AUGUCGACCACGCACGACUUUCCGCCUCUGAAGAAUGACCUCCUUCUGCGCGCUGCACGUGGCGAGAAGACUGAACGUGCGCCGGUAUGGGUUAUGCGUCAAGCCGGGCGAUACCUUCCAGAGUUUCGCGAAGUGCGCGCCAAGCACGAGUUCUUUGAAGUGUGCCGCACACCCGAGCUUGCGACCGAAGUGACUUUGCAGCCGAUCAGGCGCUACUCUGGCUUGCUGGAUGCUUCAAUUAUCUUCAGCGAUAUCCUCGUCGUACCGCAGGCGCUGGGCAUGGAAGUCCUGAUGAACCCCGCACCUCUGUUCCCGGAGCCUUUGGACACGCCUGAGGACGUGAAGAAGUUGAAGCAAGACGUAGAUGUCGAGAAGGAGCUCGGAUACGUCUUCAAGGCGAUCACCAUGACGCGGCACGGCUUGAAAGGCGAAGUUCCGCUCAUCGGCUUCGCUGGUGCACCUUGGACUUUAUUCUCGUACAUGGUCGAAGGCGGAGGAAGCAAGACGUUCCAGAAGGCUAAGACUUGGUUGUGGAAGUGGCCUGAGGAGAGUCUGGCGUUGCUCAUGCGCAUCGCGGACGUGCUCGUGGAUUAUCUCGCCGGACAAGUCAAAGCUGGCGCGCAGCUAUUGCAGCUCUUCGAUUCGUGGGCCGGCGAACUCUCACCGCACGACUACGCCACGUUCGCCCUCCCACCCUGCGCACACAUCGUUAAACAACUCCGCGCCAAACUCUCCUCGCAAAACAUCCCCUCCGUCCCAAUCACCCUCUUCGCCAAAGGUGCCAAUGCCCCCUCAUCUCUCCAACUCCAAGUAUCCGCCGGCUUCGACACGAUCGGCCUAGACUGGUGUCUCUCCGGCACCGAAGCGCGCUCUCUCACGGGCGGAAAGGUCGCACUGCAGGGUAACCUCGACCCGGGCCUGUUGUAUGCCGGUCGCGAGGCGUUAGAGCGCGAGGUUAAGCGCAUGUGUGAGGACUUCAAGAAGGGUACAGAUGGAGAGUGUAAGGCGUGGAUCGCCAAUCUUGGGCAUGGGAUCACGCCUGGCGUCGACCCGGAGGAUAUGAGGUGGUUCUUGGAGUGCGUGCACAAGUACAGCGCGGCGUGA